CAGAGGCGCGGAGGCUCCGAGAAAGAAGACGUGGAGGGAGGGACGGAGCCUGGACAGCGGUGGACCAGGGCCGCGCGCGCCAGGCAAAGCGCAACGCGCAGCAGGGGCCGGGCGCGGCGAGGGGAGGCACGGGUGCUCUCCGGCCGUCCAUGCACAGAGCGCCCUCUCCCACAGCGGAGCAGCCGCCCGACAGAGGGGAUAACACCCGCCGGACCCCGCAACCCAGACUCAAGGCCAGUGCCCCAACCAUGGCACUGCCUCGAACACUGGGUGAGCUGCAGCUAUAUCGGGUCCUGCAGCGUGCCAACCUCCUUUCCUACUACGAGACCUUCAUCCAGCAGGGAGGGGAUGAUGUGCAGCAGCUGUGCGAGGCGGGUGAGGAGGAGUUCCUGGAAAUCAUGGCACUUGUGGGCAUGGCCACCAAACCACUCCAUGUCCGACGUCUACAGAAAGCUCUGAGAGAAUGGGCCACCAACCCUGGGCUCUUCAGCCAACCGGUGCCUGCUGUACCUGUCUCCAGCAUCCCACUUUUCAAGAUCUCUGAGACGGCGGGAACUCGGAAAGGGAGCAUGAGCAAUGGGCAUGGCAGCCCAGGAGAGAAGGCGGGCAGUGCCCGAAGUUUCAGCCCCAAGAGUCCCCUUGAACUUGGAGAGAAGCUAUCACCACUAUCUGGAGGACCUGGGGCAGGGGAUCCCCGGAGCUGGCCAGGCCAGAGCACUCCAGAGUCUGAUGUUGGAGCAGGAGGAGAAGAGGAGGCUGGGUCUCCGCCUUUCUCCCCACCUGCAGGGGGAGGAGUCCCUGAGGGAGUUGGGGCUGGGGGGGUGGCUGCAGCUGGAACUGGGGGUGGUCCAGACCGCCUGGAGCCAGAGAUGGUCCGAAUGGUUGUGGAGAGUGUGGAAAGGAUCUUCCGGAGUUUCCCCAGGGGUGAUGCUGGGGAGGUCACAUCCUUGUUGAAGCUGAAUAAGAAGCUGGCACGGAGUGUGGGCCACAUCUUUGAGAUGGAUGAUAAUGACAGCCAAAAGGAAGAAGAGAUCCGAAAGUACAGCAUCAUCUAUGGCCGCUUGGAUUCCAAACGGCGGGAGGGCAAGCAACUCAGCUUGCAUGAGCUGACCAUCAAUGAAGCUGCUGCCCAGUUCUGCAUGAGGGACAACACGCUUUUACUGCGAAGGGUAGAACUUUUCUCACUGUCCCGCCAAGUUGCCCGAGAGAGCACCUAUCUUUCCUCCUUGAAGGGAUCCAGGCUUCACUCUGAAGAAUUAGGAGGCCCACCACUGAAGAAACUGAAACAAGAGGUUGGAGAACAGAGCCACACUGAGAUCCAGCAGCCUCCUCCAGGCCCUGAGUCCUACGCACCCCCAUACCGCCCCAGCCUAGAGGAGGACAGUGCCAGUCUGUCUGGGGAGAGCCUCGAUGGCCACUUGCAGGCUGUGGGGUCGUGCCCAAGGCUGACGCCGCCCCCUGCUGACCUGCCCCUGGCAUUGCCAGCCCAUGGGCUAUGGAGCCGCCACAUCCUGCAGCAGACACUGAUGGAUGAGGGGCUGCGGCUCGCCCGCCUCGUCUCCCAUGAUCGCGUGGGCCGCCUCAGCCCCUGUGUGCCUGCGAAGCCGCCUCUCGCAGAAUUCGAGGAAGGCUUAAUGGACCGAUGCCCAGCCCCAGGACCUCACCCAGCAUUGGUGGAGGGUCGCAGGAGCAGCGUCAAAGUGGAGGCCGAGGCCAGCCGGCAGUGAGCGUGACGGUGUCUCAGAUGCAAGACCCAGCCCCAUUCUCCGCCCUUGCACUCUUGUCACCACUGUGGAAGGAUCCUUCUGCUGCCCUUCUGCCUCUAUCUGCUCCAUGGACAUAGUACUGUGGGGCUUCAAGCAAUAACAAGCAGAGACCUGGCCAGAGGACAUAGGAGGGGGUGCAGGGUGCACCCUCACCCGGCUCAGGGGUGUGGACUUUGCCUCUAGCCUGUGGGGCUCUCUUCCCUCAUUCUGCAUACACCCAUUCUCCUGGUGGCCCCCAGUGGUGUGAACAGCUGGACGGAAGUAGGGAAUGAACUUCCCCAGGAAGGUCUAGCUGCUUACAGUAAAACCAUUUGCUCUGAGACUGGGGGGCCUGGGAAAACUGGGUCUCCCCUCCCCAUUCCCAUCCUCGUUUUUGUUUUUUGUUUUUGUUUUUUGUGCUUCUAGUUUGUUUCUUUAACAAGUGCUGCAGUUUGCCCACCCAUUCUCAUCUCCCGCCUCCUGGCAGUUCUCUCUUCACUGUGUGUGAGGGCGGCCCGCAGCUCCCUCCACCAGCCCCUUAGAGGCCUGGGUCGGACCCUGGGUCUCCUCAGGCCGGCCAGCAGGACUGCAGCACCUGUCGACCACUUAGAGCGUCUUUCUUUUCAGAUUGUGUACAGUAGAUUAUUUAUUUUGUUAUUUUGGAAUAAAAUUUAUUUUAUGGCUUAGGA